GGUCGCGCAGUGCGUGCGUUCCGGUGUGCAAGUUUAUUCCCCCAUCUUCGCUCCUCGUCCCGGGCCGCUGCCUGGGCUCCUCACUUCAUCCAUCCGUCUGUCUCCUUCGCCUCCCACGGGCGACGAUGGGUGCGAUGUCAUGGCUGCCGUUUAUGGUCUGCGGUUUGGCGAGAGUCGCGUUCGGUUUCUCUCAGUCCUAUGAUAGCGAUUUCACUUUCACUCUGCCGGCGGGGCAGAAGGAGUGUUUCUACCAAACUAUGAAGAAAGAUGCCACCCUGGAGAUUGAAUAUCAGGUGAUUGACGGAGCAGGAUUAGAUGUGGAUUUCUAUAUUUCAUCUCCAAAUGGAAACAUUCUGUACUUUGAUCAGAGAAAAUCUGAUGGCGUGCACAGCAUCGAAACUGAGAAUGGAGACUACAUGUUCUGUUUCGACAACUCAUUUAGCUCUAUAUCAGAGAAGGUAGUGUUCUUUGAGCUUAUUCUGGACAACAUGGAACCUGAGGGUGACUCAGCCAAGUGGAAUGAUUUCCUACCAGGAGGGGAGUUGCUUGAUAUGAAACUGGAAGACAUUCUAGAAACUAUAAACAGUGUGAAAGGAAGACUGAGUAAAAGCAACCAGAUUCAGGGGCUGCUUCGGGCCUAUGAGGCACGUGAUCGGAACCUCCAAGAAGGCAAUUAUGAUCGGGUGAAUUUCUGGUCAGUUGUGAACCUGGCUGUGAUGCUCAUUGUUUCAGGUCUGCAGGUAUACAUGCUGAAAAAUUUAUUCAAUGACAAGCGAAGAAGCCGAACGUAGUGGCUGAGAAGUGAUUGUUGAUUAAGAAGACAAGAUGGUGUCUGGAAGGGCACUGUAGUUAUUAAAAAUCGUGUAUGCAGGGAUUUCCUUUACCGUAGACACUUAUAUUUAAAGAUAUUCUAUAAGGCUUAUAAUUAAGCAACAAAAUGGUCAGAAAAAGAGAAACGUCAUGUUCUUUGGGAGAAUAAAUGGAUACAUUGAGCUUUAAUACUAUUAGCGACACAAACUAAGAGCUUAAAGCCUUAAAUUCACUGCCAAAACAAGCUGGUGAUCUCUGCUAGCACAUAAAUAAAACAAUUAAUGCUGGAUCCUCACCACUAGCCAUCUGCCACAUCCUGAAAGCUGCUUUGGACGGAGUCACCAGUUUUCAAGGUUGCGAUAUUAUGACAUUGAGUGUUGGUAUCUGUCAACAUUGUACUUGGACUUGAAUGUCUGAGCCUUUUAAGUCAAGUAUAAUAGAUUCUUCUAAAGUACAAAGGCUAGUGUGCUGUUGUAUAUGAGUAAUGAUGCUCUGGACAUUUGUACCUGAACAUUUCAUAGCCCACAGCAGCAAAACAUGCUGACUGGGGUCAAAGUACAAGUUGGCUUCCUACUCACUCGGUCUGCCUUUUUUUUUUGAAGAAGUUAAUUAGUACAUACUGCAGAAAUUAUGUAAUAAUAUUUUUAAAUUUUCAUACAUGACAAAGAGCAAUGAAUUCUUAACAGAAACUGUGAUGGUACAAUCUGUGAAUAUUCUGAUGUAAAAUUUCAUCCAUUUACUCUAUCAAUGUGUGCAGCAAUUCAAUAGAUCUACUUGAAGCCAAAAUAUAAGGAAGCAACAUCAAAUUGAUUUGCAAAGGUUGAACAAUCUAGGAAAUGCACUGUUCUCCAAAACCCUUCACCACAAUACCCAUAAUAAUCUGAGCUCAUUUAUUUUAUUAUGGGCAUUUUUUUUUGCUACUUUCUCUUGCACAUUUGUGGUACAGUGUGAAGGUUAUUAGUAUUAUAAUCUGCCUUACUCAUCAUUUUAAGGUUGUCUCAGCCCCAUUAAUUGUGGCUUCAGUAGAAUUAUAGUUUCAUGGAAAAUCUUAAGUGUAGUUGCAUAUUAUGAAAGCGGUUUUUACAAAUGUUGUCAGUCUUGUUCCCUUGAAAUAUUGUUGUCUGGAGAACAAUUCCCUUUGGAUUCUUUAAAACAUCACGUAUAAAUUUUGACAUGGUUGAACCCAUUUUUACUUUUUUCCCCAUGAAUGAUCUUAUAAUUGAUUCGAACAUUGGAAAAGGCUUGUAUAACAAUUAAAGAUACUGGUUUAACAGAUCUUUUAGGUACUUUUCACUGGUUUCUUCUGUGUUACUGAUCAAGGAAAGCAAGUGCAAACGGGAAGUUGACUAUAGGCUACAAGUGUUUCACUUAAUGUUGUUUAGAGCUGUACAAUGACAACUCUCAGAAAUUUGCUUUGUGUCACACAAAUUACAGCCAUUCUAUAAAGUACUUUUGUCCAUAAUAUGAUUUCCAAGUUUCAUGUGCAGUGUUUUCUUGGGGGGAAAUUGAGUCUCAUUGUUCAAGGAUCGAUUACUCUACUGGAACUGCUGUAUGUUUCCCCGACAAAAACUGAUAACGAGAAUAUUUUUGUCUCUGAAACCUACCUUCCUUUACCUCCUAUACAAGGGCAAGUUUGUGCCUUGUGUCAGAUUAAGAAAAACCUUAACCCAGAUUUUGGAGGAUGUCUAUCAUAACAUUCUGUGGAUAAAGUAAUGUGAUGGGCCUCCAACAAUUCAGGUUAUAAGCCCAUGUUGACAUUGGGUUCGGUCUUGUGUCUUCAGCAUGACUUGCAAGAUAUUGUUUUUUCAGUGAAAAAAAUGUUGCCUCAUACAACAGUUAAUAAAUAUUGUUUCCAGGACCAGUCUUGGCCUGAAAGCAUAGGUAUUAAGGGAAGUGUUGAUGACAGCAGGAUUGAGGAGGAGAUGGGGGUGGGCGAGUGCUGAUUGGGAAAAUAUUGAAGAAAGGGCAAUAAUGGUUGGAAGGGGUAAAGGUGGGGUUCAUGGGGCAAGGCUGGGCUGUGUAUUGGAAGAGGAGUGCACGCUGGACCCAGGGAUCUGCCGAGGGUUUUGUGAUUGUGACCUGUUAUGAGACUUAAAGGUCAGACAGAUAUCUGGGGGAGGAGGUGGUUGUGUUCAUUCCUUAUAAGUUCUGUAUGGGAUACAAAAAUAUGUGGAUACCAUUAGCUGUUCCUGGAAUAAUAUAAGCAACACACAUCAAAGUUGCUGGUGAACGCAG